CCAGUGCAAAACUCGAUUUGCUAUUCUAAGGGCUCGUUUGGUUAUCGUUAUGUAUUUAUACCUCAACAGAAAACAGAGGACCGAAUUUGUUUUCCACCUCGUCUCUAUAUCAAGAAUCAAGACCACCGGCUCUCUCUCUCUCUGCAUUUUUGUUGUUCCGCCAUCUCCCACUAAUCAAAUCCAAACAUGAGCUGGUGGUGGGCCGGAGCUAUAGGCGCUGCAAAGAAAAAAUUCGACGAAGAUGAUCUUCCCAAAACCUACGAGAGCGUAGCCCUGAUAAUCGGCGUCACCGGCAUCGUCGGAAACAGCCUAGCCGAAAUCCUCCCGCUCUCCGACACACCCGGCGGCCCGUGGAAAGUCUACGGCGUCGCCCGCCGCCCCCAGCCCUCCUGGAGCGCCGACCACCCCGUCCAAUACAUCCAAUGCGACGUCUCCGACGAAACCGAGACGCUCUCCAAGCUCUCCCCCCUGACGGAUGUCACCCACAUCUUCUGGGUCACCUGGGCCAACCGCCCCACCGAGUCCGAGUGCUGCCACGCCAAUGGCGCCAUGCUCCGCCACGUCCUCUCCGCCGUCAUUCCCAACGCCCCCAGUCUCCGCCACGUCUGCCUCCAGACCGGCCACAAGCACUACAUCGGCCCGUUCGAGACGUUCGGCAAGGUCAAGCCCCAUGAUCCCCCGUUCACCGAGGACAUGCCGAGGCUCAACGCCCCCAAUUUUUACCACACCCUGGAAGACAUCCUCCUCGAAACUGCGGCAGGCCGCGGGGAACAGACACUCACGUGGUCUGUCCACCGGCCCGCUGUGGUAUUUGGGUUCGCCCCGCACAGCAUGAUGAACUUAAUAGGGACCCUAUGUGUUUACGCCGCGAUUUGCAAGUACGAAAACACGCCGCUGAAGUUUCCGGGAACUCCAGCGGCGUGGAACUGCUACUCGGUCGCGUCUGACGCAGACCUUAUAGCUGAGCACCAGAUAUGGGCGGCGGUGGACCCGAACGCGAAGAACGAGGCUUUCAACUGCAGCAACGGGGACGUGUUCAAGUGGAAGCACUUGUGGAGGGUCUUGGCGGAGCAGUUCGGGGUGGAGUAUGUGGAGCUUGAUGAGAGAGAGGAGAGGGUGAGCAUGGUGGAGAGGAUGAAAGGUAAGGAGAGGGUGUGGGAGGAGAUUGUGAGGGCGGAGGGGCUGGCGCCGACGAAGCUGGAGGAGGUGGCGGUGUGGUGGUUUGUGGAUGUGAUUUUGGGAGGAGAGUGCAUGCUGGAUAGCAUGAACAAGAGUAAGGAGCAUGGGUUCUUGGGGUUCAGGAAUACUGUGACUUCGCUUGUUUCUUGGAUUGAUAAAAUGAAAGGUUACAAAAUCAUUCCUUGAAAUGAUCUGAUUACCAAAUAAAACCAAACCGAACCAAGCCGAACCUUGAAAUGAUCUGAUUGAUCAGAUGAAAUGCAUUAUGAAGGCGUGUUUCGAAUUUCCGGUUGUUAUUGGCAGGGAUGUGUUUGUCAAUUUCUCAUGAGGAGAGGAUGAAAAGUGAUCCAUGGGAUUGUUGUUCAUGGAAUUAGGACUUGGCAUUGCCUCUUCCUUUCUUUUUGUGCAAUUUUAGGUUCGUUCUUUCGUUAAUGUAGGGAUUUUACCUCUGGAGUGCUUUGUAACAGCCUGAAUAAGAACAAUGUGAUUCCCCUUGAAUUGGGUUGAUAGAUGGUUAAAAAACCAAUAAGUAUACAA